AUCUGACUGGCUCAGCCUAGGUUGUCCACUCCUCCUCUUCUCUGCCGGCUACUCCGGAGCUGGUGCCUACACAGUCAAGACUCCGAAGCCUAACACCCGUCUCAUUUCCAGCACCUUUCCGGGAAGCCAGCUGCACCAUGUCUGUGAGCUGUGGACCACUGGGAACAUCUCUGACUCAGGAGAUCCUCAGCUCCCUGGGUCUUGCCAACAAGACCUCAGCCUGGGGGACUCUGGGCACCCUCAGGACGUUCUUGAGCUUCAGUGUGGACAAGGAUGUACAAAGACUGCUGAAGGCUAUUGCAGGCCAGGGUGUGGACUACGAUGCCAUUGUGGAUGUACUGACCAAUCGGAGCAGAGAGCAAAGACAGCUCAUUUCUCGAGCUUUUCAAGAGCGCACCAAACAGGAUCUAUUGAAGUCCUUGCAGGCAGCGCUCUCCGGCGACUUGGAGAAAAUCGUGGUGGCUCUCCUACAGCCUGCAGCCCAAUUUGAUGCCCAGGAAUUGAGGACAGCCUUGAAGACCACUGGCUCUGCUGAGGAUGUAGCCCUGGAAAUCCUGGCCACCCGAGCUGCGCCCCGACUGCAGGCAUGCCUGGCAGUGUAUAAGCAUGACUUCCAGGCGGAUGCCGAGGAAGACAUCAGGACCGAGACCAAUGGUAUCCUGCAGGACCUGCUUCUGGCCCUGAGCAAGGGGGACCGGGAGAGCUAUUCUGGAAUCAUUGAUUACAACUUGGAAGAACAGGAUGUCCGGGCACUUCGGCAGACUGGAGAAUCCAGUACAGCAGGUCAAUGGGUUCUGCUCCUUACACAACGCAGUCCUGAACACCUCAUCCGAGUGUUUGAUCAGUACCGGAGAUGCACUGGCCAGGAACUGGAGGAUGCUAUCCGGAACUGUUUCCAUGGCGAUGCCCAGCUGGCUCUGAUCAGCCUAGCUUCCAUGUUGAGAAACACAGCACUGUACUUUGCUACCAAACUCCACCAAGCCCUUCAGGAAACUGAGCCUAAUUUCCAAGUGCUGAUGCGGAUCCUUAUCUCCCGAAGCGAGAGUGACCUUCUAAGCAUUCGGGCUGAGUUCAAGAAGAAAUUUGGGAAGUCUCUCUAUUCUUCUCUCCAGGAUGCAGUCAGAGGGGAUUGUCGUUCAGCACUACUGGCCCUGUGUAGAGCCGAAGACAUCUGAGACCUUCCUGACCCACCCUGACAAGACAUUCAAAAAAUCUGAGAUUCCCAUAUUUGGUUGAGCACAUGGAAGAACCCCAAGGAACAGCAUACACCCUGACUUCCUCUCGAGGCUGGACCUCCGAGUUUCUUUGAUAUCUUUGGAUUCCCCUCUUCUCAGACUGGUAUCUGCCAGCUCCAUUCUAGAGAGGAGUACGGGAGGUCUCCGACAGCCUCUGCCCUGCUCAAUCCCUCCUAAGGCCAGAGCAUCCCCCUGGUAGUCAAAGGCUUGGGCAGGUCACCAUCUUUUUAUGUUUCCUGGUUAAAGUCUGGGUGGAGGAGGCCAUGGAGUUGAGGUGCCUCAGCCAUUCAAAAGGAAUCCUGU